AUGGCGUCUAAACGGCCCCCCGAGGGCGGCUUUGCCCCCACCUGCCGCCGGGGCGCAGGCCCCAGAGCCCACUCGCCGCCCACGGGCGCCAAGGGCGUUGCGUCCGGGCGGGCGGAGGUCUGUCCACGCGGAGGGCUCCGAACGCGGGGCCCCAGGGCGCCGGUCACCCCCCCGACCCCCUCCUCCGCGCCGGUCACCCCCCCAACCCCCUCCUCCGCGCCGGCCACCCCCCCGACCCCCCUCCUCCGCGCCGGCCACCCCCCGACCCCCCUCCGGGCCGGUCACCGCGCGAGCUCCCCGCACCGCCGACGGGGCAGCGACACGACGUGGGGGCCCGAGCGCCCGGGUGUGGACACACGGGGAGGGGGCGUCUGUGCACGUGCGCGGGCAGGGGCGGUCGGAGCCCCUCGAGGGGCUAUUCCGGAAAGACCGUUGGAGGAGAAGGGGUGGAGCCACGCGUGGGCUCGGGGACACGGCCCCCGCACAGGCCCGGGCUGCGCCCCCGUCCGGCUCCGGUGCCCACGCCGCCCGCGGUCCCGGCAAACUCGGCGCAGCGCGGGCGCGGCCGAGGGCGGGGGGCUGAACGGCGCCGGGAGUGGGAGGGGCGAGGGGAGGAGGGCGCGGGGUCCCGGGAGGAGCCAGACCGAGAGGGGGGCCGGGCCCCCCACCCCCGCCCCUCCCCGGCAGCCCGGGACACACGCAGGCGGCCGCCGAGCCCCGCCCUCCGAGGAGCCCCGGGGCCGCCCUGGCAGCGGCGCGGCGGCGAUGGAGCCGAGCGGCGGGGCCCCGGGGGGCGCGGCGGGCGACCCGUGCCGGCGGCCCGCGCGGCGCGCCCAGUGUGUGCCGAGCGCCCCGGCGCAGCGGCGCGGGCGGGGCCGCGGCGGGCAGGACGAGGCGCUGGUGCCCGCCGCCCGCCCGGCCCCGGCCCUGCAGGAGGUCGCCGGCCGCCUGCCCCGCGCCGACUUCCGCGCCCUCUGCGCGGUCCGGGGGCUGCGCGCCGCGGGGGCCGCGGCCGCGGAGGAGGAGCCGCCCGAGCUCACCUUCCGCCGGCUCCACGCGCGGCUCCGCGGCUACUUCGGCCUCAGCGAGCGCAUCGAGACGCGGACCCGCCCGCGCCGCCGCCGCCGCGCGCCCCGCGAGCCCGGCCCGGACGGCGGCCCCGGCGGCCCCGGCGACCCCGGCGACCCCAGCGAGCGCCUGGCGCGGCUGGAGGAGGAGAACGGCAGCCUGCGCGAGCUGGCGGAGGACCUGCGGGCCGCGCUGCAGGGGUCGGGAUGGAGGAGCCUCGCAAGGCUGAGCGCCGCCAAGGCGGGGACGAGCCGUGACGCGCGGGAAUCCGUGGGGGCCGCUCUCGUCUCCGCCGCCCCGGAGGAAGGGUGCUCAUCGGAGCCCCCGCCCCUUAGGGCCGAGUUCGGACGCGCGCGGGAGGCCCGGGCAGCGUGCGCAACAGACGUGCGCCGUGCGUGCCCCGCGGCGCUCACCGCCGUGCCCGCGGCCCUGUCCCCGCAGGUCGGCCUCUGGAAGAGCCAGGCGGGCGCGCUGGCGGCGGCCGAGGCCCGCGCGGGGCGGCUGCGCCGGGGUCACGCCGAGGCUCGGCGGCGCGCGGAGGCGGCGCGGGACGCGGUGCUGCGCAGCCUGGGCCGCGUGCGCGAGCUCGAGGCGCUGGCGACGCAGGUGCCCGGCCUGCGGCGCUGCGUGCGGCGGCUGGAGGGCGAGCUGCGGCGCUACAGGUCAGAGGGCACCCAGCUCCCAGCAUCCUCAGGAGCCAGCCCAGAGCCAGAAGCCAAGAGUGGCAAGCCUGAGGACGGUGGCACCAGAAGCCCGGACGCCCCUCUGGAGCGAGCCUGGCAGUCGGACGGCAGCUCCGGGAACAGAGCCCUGGACAAAGCAGUGGGCGGGCAGCUGUUCCGCCGGGUGGAGGGCCAGGCCGCCUCCGACGAGGAAGAGGAGGGCGACAAGCGGCAGGGAGAGCGGGCGUCCCCGGCCAAGGUCAAGGCGCUGCUGGCCGGCCUCUCCGGCUGCAGGAGUGGGUGUGACGACCAGACGGUGAAGAAGCUCGCAACUUACUUCAGCCACUUGGGCAGCGUCGACCAUGCUUGUGCCCCGGGGGAGCUGGAGGCUGGCGUCGCCCUGCUGGCGGAGCAUCUGGGGACCCAGGGCUGCAGCGGGAAGACCCUGGGGACGCCUGGGGACGAGGCAGAGCUGCAGCAGAAGGUGGAAGAGAAUGAGCAGCUGAGGCUGGAGCUGCAGAUGGUCGAGACGGAGAGGGUGCGGCUGUCCCUGCUGGAGGAGAAGCUGGUGGACGUGCUGCAGCUACUGCAAAGGCUCCGGGACCUGAAUAUAUCGAAAAGAGCCCUGGGGAAGAUUCUGCUGAACACGCUGGAGGCUUGCAAGGAGCCCACGCACGAAGGGAGACGUGGACCCGCGGCCACCCUGGACGCCCUGCACCAGGCUCUGGCUGGCUGUGAGCUCUUGCGGAGAGAGCCCGCGGCACCCGCCGCCACAGCUCCCGGGCUCGCCAGCCCCCCGCUCGGCCCCUGCUGACGUCACCGGCCUCCAGACCAGCCUGCCCGGCAGCACGUUCCGACCCUGGAGGUCUGGACUCCCCUCUGAGACCCCAGAGCCUCCGGACAUCCUUUCCCCUUGUUCCUUCCUGUGCCGGAGUUCACGUUCGAACCCAGGCGGCUGCUGGAUCAGCCCGUGCCUGCGGCUGCUUCCCCGUCCCUCGGACCCGAGGCGCCUCCGUGCCUGCACAGCCCGGCCCAGAAUUCCUUGCCUGGGCUCCUGGAGUCUUCCCCCUCCAGCACUGCGCCGCCCGCCAGCCCGCGUGCCUGAUGCAGGCAGAUCGGGCCCAACCUCCAGGCCACGCCUGGGCCACUGGGGGUUCCCAUAUCCCCAGAAGUGUUGAAGACCAGGCAGGGCUGGGGGACGGAAGGAGCCCUUGAACUAGCUCUAGAACAGAG